UUCUCAGAAGCACAGCGGCCAUUCGCCUGACAGACUCGAUGUGACCAGAAUAUAUCGUCUUCCAGGAUCGAUCCGUAUUGAAGCUAUCGAACGAGAGAUGUACUUCGAAAGAUGCAGAGGAUGAAGUGGAAGCUCGCCCAAGAUGAGUGAUGGGGAGGUGGACAUCCGGCUGCUCGCUCUCCGAAGACAGCAGAAGAGGCACCAGAGCAAGUCGAGUACCAUCGAACACCAAGUACUCGAACCAGCUAACAAUACUUACUCCAGAGUUAGAUCGGGCCACUCAGCCUACGAAACGACGCCUAUCAAGGCGUACACCAUUACAGAUUCCUCUCGCAACAGCACCCCUCGUCGAAACUCGUUUCUGAGCAACAUUGCAGUACCUCUUUUCGACGAAGACGUACGCAUCGCAAGGAUGCACGUACCACCAGUCGUACGUUGUGAGUGUAACGGGAUCGAAGCUUAUGCCUUAAUAAGUACAUCUGAAACAGUCUCUACGAUAUCAAUAGACUUUGUAAGAAAACUAAAACUUUUAGAUCAAGUAAUUCCAGAACCAAGUAAUGUGUUCAAUCCCUUGGCUUUGCACAACCCAGAACUGAAAGGGAAAGUGAAAUACAUUGAUCUUGCCAUUGGUAUAUGGCAACAAGUUGCUCAAUUCAACAUAGUGGAAAACUAUGUUUCUGAUGUAACAUUGGGCAUUGACUUUCUUAGACGAACGCAGAGUAUGGUGAACUUCGAAGGACUGUGCUUUGAUUAUAGGUGGUAGUAAAGGAGAAAAAAUCCCUUUCCUGACAACUAGGGGAAAUAAUGUCUUUGGCACGAAGAAAUGGUUCAAGACAAGCACCUAUGAUCAUGGCCAACGGAUUUUCCGAAUCUGAAUAAUGAUUUACUUGUAGGUUAAUAUUCUGCUUCUGAAUCAAAUUAAGAUUAAGUUACUGAAGUUUUCCUCCCGUUCCAUGUUCUUAGUUAAAAGCAGGGGCGGAUACAGGAAACCAUUUUGGGGUGCUUUAUGCUGAAGAAUGACACCCCCCCCCCCCCACGAAUGAACCUACGGUUUUGGGUUUAAAAAAAUUUUUGAGACUGUUUGAGGGACAAUAAAAAGCACCAAAUUGGCCAGAAAUGAAGCACCUGAUUGGGAUAAACGUUUCAAAUUAAUUUCAUAAGCAAUGAAACGAAGUAGUUUUCAAAUAUUUACUUUCAAAAAUAAUUAAUGAAAUGUAAAGAUACUAAUCGUUUACAUUUUGUGCAUAAAAUGUUUGAACCCAAUGUGGAAGGAUACUGUUGUUGACGGUUUAGGGGGGAGGAGGUCAUGACCCCUAUGACCCUCCCUUUGUAUCCGCCACUGGUUAAAAACAUCUUUUGGAGAUAAACGAAUUAUCAACUUAAUGACUUAAGUAUUCUUCAUCAAUUAUGAAUGCUACGAUUCGAUAUCAGAGAGAUAAGUCGAGAAAUAUUUUAGAAAAGGAAUAGGACAUUCUAUUCGACAAAAACAGUAGAAGUCCUAAUUCGGCCCUUUUAUUUUUUUACCUAUCAGCCCUAUAAAUGUAGAUCGAAACAUUCAGGCUUCUGUCAUUAGUUCCAGGCAUGUUUUUAAAUUGACUAAAAGAAUAGUAUUAAAAGGACAGAUAUAAUCUUUAUAUCAUCUCCUCAGAGCAACAGUCAGAUAUCUAAUCCCAGAAAUCACACUAAGAUAUCUUACUGUUGCUAUGAGGCGACGAUAUCUUGAACUUAAUAUUUUGGACGGAUAUUCAUACUGUAUGAAAAAAAAAACAUAAACGAAUAUGUAAAGAAUUGACGUGUUUAGUUUUUUACUCCUGCUGAUUUUUUAUUUUAUUCAUACUUUUUUGCACAAAAGUUAUUUUUUAUAUAACAUCAAUGCGAUUGACAAAAUUGUUUCUUUCAUCUAGGUAAAAUAUUGUUUUAAACAUUCAAGGUAAAUGGGAAUGCUUAGAAAUCAAAGCAAAUUUUAAUAAAAAUUGCCAAUAUGUAAAUACGAAAUUUAAGAAUUGUA